AUGGCGGCACCAAUCGCUAGCUCGACCCGCCAGAUGGAUGGCCCCUUGACGGCCGUCGAACGCUUGGAGAAUCAUCCCAGCAGCUCCCCGCCUCGGCGCAGUCACUCAUCCGUCACCUCCCAUGACUCAUGUUCAUCGUGGCCAGUUCGCGAACACCUCCUGGCGCUGAGUUACACCGUGAAAAAGCUGCCUCGCGUGGGACUGGGCAUCACCCUCAAAGGCUCGGCCUCUGGCCAUGAUGGCCCCUGUGCUGGCUUGCUGGAAGUAGGCGAUGUCCUCAUCAAGGUCGACAGUUUCAACUUGCGCCGAGCCGACCUUCAUGACGCCCUCGCACUCAAAGUUGUGAAGCAAAAGUUUUGUGACGAUGCGUACGAGGUCAGCGUCGUGGUAGAACGCGACCCGUUGUACCAGGCCGCGCCAGCUGCUGGCUAUCAGCCGAGUUCAAGUCCUCUUCGGCCCGAGCGCACUAGUCAGCGGGCCCCUCUCAAGUCUCGGCUCUCGGACCUGAUUGAUGACGGGUUCUCGUCCGGCGGCUCCCAGUCGAGCAUCGACCACUUUGCUUUGCGCCAGGCCCAAGCCAGCCACCAGGCCCGCCCGCCGCCCGCGCCCAUCGAGCGCGAGGUCAUUUUGGUGCCGGCAUCGUCCCGUUCAUCAACGCAGCCGUUGGUCGCGAGUCCACAAUCUGACGAAUGUGACGUGUUUGCUGCAGUGGAUACCGAGCCUGCAUGUUUGAAGCACCGAACCCAGAGUCCCAAGCGCGCUGACCGGCGUCGCCAUCAAGCAUCGUGGCAGGACUUGGACUUGGAAGAUGACGCGGUCUUGACUGCCGGCCUGACGGCCGUUCCGCAACCGGCCCCUCCCACGUCUUCCAUCCCAGCUCGAAAGACAGUGUCCACGGGAGCCCACCCCCACCUAACGUGCAUGCGGUGUGCGGAGGUUCAGCGUCUCUUCUCGCUUCCGCUCUGUGCUCGCCACGCUACGGACCCGGCCGUGAUGGAUGCCAUGGAGGCAAGUCAAUCAGUCGAUGACUCGAGAGACCCGGCACAGCCCGACUCGGAUGCCAUACCCAGCCUCAACUUCCAACCGCGGUCUCUAGAGGACGCUCCAACCUAUGCCAGCAUGGCUCCACCAGCUGCAGACCGUCUUCGAGCCGAGAUGCCGCCCAAGCAGGUGCUCCCACCACCAGCAUCGUUAUGUCCCACCCCCGCGACACUCAUCGUGCCUGAUUUUACACACAACAAUUCCCUCGGCGCGACAGUUGGAGCCAAUAAGACUGAGCAACGAGUUUCACCGUUGCCUCGAUCCACGCGCCAGUCCCUGUCCAGCGACGUGGGUACAACCCGUAGCACACCCCCACCUUCCUUUGACACGACCAAGCUGUCUGCCUGGCGCAGUGUGGACACGAGCGCGGAGAGUGAACUGGCAGAGAUCUUUGCCGAGGAAGUGCUCUUUGACGAUGGAACCACAAGCGCACGAGAGGAUCGCAGCUGCCGGGUAUUGGGGACGACCGAGCAAGGCUGGGUACGGCCGGUGCAAGAUGAUCUUGCAGCAGAUCUCUUGGCCGUGCUACAGGAACUAGAUGUUAAACACCGUGAUCGAGUCAGCAGAGACUUGCCCUUGCCAGCCGAAACAGCCGAUCUCAUGAGCUUGGGGGGUGAGGCCAACUUUAUGUUGUAA